GCCAACUUCAUGUGUCUACGCUUGUAUGGUUCGGAGCACUCAAUGCCUUCAGGCUCUCUUCGUAAAAAGAAACUGGCAAAAAGACCUGGAUACAUGAGGCCAGAAGCUCAGCGACAGAUCGAGUUUCAGUCCCUGGGUGCCUGCAAGCCAUUCAGCCCAGAAGAGUUCAAACAUGGCAGGCAGCAUUGUGAAGACUUUGAGAACUGCUGUCUCUACAGACAAUACGAAAAGAACUUUGAAUUCUUACGCUGCCGUUCGACUGCAAGUAGUGCUGUAGUUCCUGCUGAUGGGGUGACAGCGUUGGGCGGUACUGGAAAUAUGCUGGGAAGCUGCAAAAAUCUUUCCUGUUACAAGAAUCCGCAAUCAGAAAACACAAUGAUAUCAAUUUACCCUGCUGAAGCAACAAGCAAAGAUGUUUCUACUAUAUGCUGUGCACAGGAGAUGGCUCACAGCACUAAAGUGAGUGAGCCCCAAAAGAUGUAUGCCUUGGAUCAGACAGAAGUGAAUAAUAACUGUGAAUAUCAAAACAGAGAAGUUGUUUCUCAUUCUGUUGGUUCACACAAUAGCUUUAGUUCAAGAUUCAGCUUCAUACAGCUCUCCCUGAACUCAGCCUCUGGAGUAAGUGAUACUGAAGGCAAGGCAACCAUCAAGGAAGCUGAGCGUGUUCUGCAUGCCGGCAUUGCAGGAAAUCUACAGGAGCUAGAAGAGACAGCAAGAACUCAUGAGCACUCAGGAGCUUUGCAUUGCUUCUCUAGGCCCAGUGAUGAUUUGAAGCAUGAAAACGAGACCACAGCGAAUGAUAAACUACAGGAUUGUGAGACCGUCUCUCUCUCAGAUACAGAUGCAACGUUUUCAUAUUCUACGGAUUCCUCAGAUGCAGCAUCUGCUGGUUCUUCUGUCACCUCAGGCUAUGAAAGUAGUUUCACUGUUAGUGACCAUAACUGGGAUACUUUGAUGAAAAAGUAUGAACCAGUGCUACUAGACUGCCAGCUUGGCAACCGGAGUACAUUAAAGAUAAAAUCCUUGAUCUUACGGCUUCAGAGGCUUCAGGAAAAAGCAAUAGAGGAAGAUGAUUAUGACAGAGCUGAUAAAUUUAGACGGAAACUAGAAGAACUGGAGAAAGAAAAAAAAUCUUUAAAAUUCCAGCUCCCUUCAAGACAUCCUUCAAUUAGCAAUUUUUUGGAUAGGUUUGUUACCCAAGUUCAAGCAAUGUUGCGCUGGGCUGCAGAUCGGGUUAGAAAUGAAGAAAUCCAGCUUUGGCAUGAAAACGAACAUAAACUUUUGAGAUCCACUUACAAGGAGAGGAUACAGGUUUCGGCCACAAAACAAAAGCAGCUCUUUCAAGAAAAGAAAUGGCUACAGAAAGAAAUUGAAGACCUCCGAGCAAGACUGGCUGUAUUGGAAGCAAAAGAUCAACAGCUAAGAAGAGAAAUUGAGGAACAAGAUAGGAUUAUUCAGUCACAGGACUGUGAACUGACUGCUUUACUUGGCUGUGUUUCUUUGAGAGAACUACAGGAAAUAAGCAAGGCUGUGGAUGACACGUUAGCAUCCUCCUAUCAAAUUCCAUUCAGUUUGGAUCUUCCAGGGACAAUAAAGAGCCUUCAGGAAAAAGAACAAUCGUUCAGCACGUCCAUUAAAGAAACUACUGCCAAAGUUUGCACAAGUCAGAAACUCCGCAGUACUUUGAGGAGGAAAGUGAGUGAUAUUGAGACUCAGCUACCUGCUCUGCUUGAAGCCAAAAUGCUAGCUGUAUCAGGAAGUAAUUUCGGUACUGCUAAGGAUCUGACAGAAGAAAUCAGAUCAUUAACAUCUGAGAAGGAGGGUCUGGAAGGACUUCUAAAUGAGCUGCAGGUUUUGAGUGCCAGAAACAUCCGAAAAUUAGAGAGAAUUAAAGACGAUUACAACAGACUGAAACAAGAACUUGAACAAGGAGAGACUGCCUUUGUGACCAGUGUAAAAGAAAAUGCUGAAAAGUAUAUGGAGAUGCUGGAAGAUAAACUACAUAGCUGCAGGAGCCAGCUGCUCCAAAGAGUGUGGGAAGCUGACUUGGAGGCCUGUCAGCUGUUGAUCCGAGGCUUUCAACUGAAAGAAACCAGUUGCUGUGGUUUUGAGGAAGAGGACAACCAAAUGGAUGCGCUGGAGAUGGCUGCUGAUGGCCCUUCUGAUUCUGAGAAAAGAAAAGAAGGUCAAUUUCUGAAGGGCACAGAGUGGGGCAGUGUUCCGUACCCCAAGCACAGUGAGCUGAAACAGGUUGUGGAAGACAUUUCAUUUGGAGCAGAGGGUCAUUUAUCUGAGGAGUUCUUCAUAUUUUCCGCAGAGUUGGAUGAAGAAUGUGAAGCAAUAAGUGAGAAAUUGGUGCAUCUGGAAGAUCAACUGCAAACUUCAGUCUGCAGAGUUGAUGAAGGAGUUAUUCAUAUCCUUUUUGAUUCUCUGCAGAGGGAGAUCCAGGUGGUGAAGGAGACGCUCCAGACCAUGCUGGUGCAACUUCAGCCAGCCAAGGAGGCAGGAGAAGAAAAGGCUGGAGACUUCCUCUGCGACAGCUGGUGUCCAGGAAAACAAGACUUGGAGGAAUAAUGAGCAGAAAGAACUGGUAGGAUGACAUUAAUUCACAAAGGGUGGCUUUUAGUAACUGAAUACUGUUUUACCAAGCCUCAGGGAUCUCUUCUCUGCCUGCAUAACUAAUAACUAAAUCAAUUAUGGAGAAACAGAGCCUGGAGGUCUAUCAUCAGAAGUAUUCUACGCAGCCUCACAUGUUUUGGCACAGAUUGGGAAACAGCUUUUGGAGCAGAGCAUCCCCUGUAAAUGUGUAGAUUACAAAUUGAUACAUUUCAAGUGAGUCUGCAAAGUUGCCUUUAAUGUCAGUGAAACGUUCUCCUUGAAGACUCGUAAACAGUAUCUGUCUUCCUUACUCAUGGAUUUUUUUCCCUGAUUUAAAAAUGUAGUGUUAAAGCUGGAACAUCUAGUAUUUCUUGUAAAAUAGCUGUAAGAAUAUAAGAACUUUUUUUUUUUCCCCUGUGGAUUUAACAGCUCUCUUACACUGAAUGUAUUUGCACAUUCCUGCCAAUAAUUAAAUCAAUAGGAUGAAAUUCAAGCUAACCAAAUUCUUUUAACUGAAAUUUGGAGCUUGUUUACUUCCUGGUAUUGAGUACAGUAGAGGUAACUAACAGCAGCACCUACAGCAGUAGUUUAACUAUUUUCAUGUAGGUAUUAAUAUAAACUUGUUUUAGUAUUACAGGGGUUGUAAAGCACACGAAAAAUACUAUGUUGCUGAUUUGUGCUCCCUGUAUUUAAGUAUUGUAUGAACAGUAAAUCAUUUAGGUCUUCUUGUAAAGUUUAUUAUUACUGUUAUAUUAUUUUGAGCUUCCUUAUAAACUUAAGAAGGAAUGCAGAUUUUUUUUUUGCAAUAGACACGUAUGUGUAUAUACAUACUUAAACAUGUAUUUUUAAUACGAAAGAAACGCAAUGUUCCAUUGAAGCUAACUAGUACAAAUGACCUAUAUUUAGAUCAUUGUUCAAAACAGUUACUACCUUUAGGAAUUCAUUAUGUACUCUUGGAUACCAGGAUGUAUCUGAUACCACAAAGUUCUGCUUCUGCCAUUUGUUGCAGAGGGAGAAUUUAGAAACAAAAUGUCUCUGGUUCAUUUAUUUUAAGCCAGUAGAUCAAGCGUCUUGCAACUUAUUACUGUACUUUUUAAUACUAUUUGUAUGACAUUUUUAGAAUUAUUUUGCUUCUGUUACUUCAAUUACUUAUUUUAUAGCCACUUUAUGAUUUUUUUUUUGCAAAUUUGGAAGGUCUUUGGACUACUAGCCCACUAAGAUUGCGUUCAUUUUCUACCGUGUGUUUUAAUACAAGUUGAAACUUCUACCUCAAUGUUUAAUACAUAGGGAGGAAAAAAAGUGCCAGGCAGCUGAGCCAUACAACAGGGUUAUAAUUGCAUCCAGGUGUAUACGGUUGUCAAACGAGGGCAGCAGAGCUCAGGUGCUUUCUGUAGUCAUUAGAUCCUCAGGAUGGAGUUACAACCCUGUAAUUCAGAAUACGGUUGACUAUUAUCAGUGUAUUAUGUAUGGAUCAGCAUCUGUGUUGUGGUAAAGACUCUUGGAUCUUUACUUUCCAUGGACUCCAGCUCUCUGUUCCCUUCCCCAGUCUUGGAUGGAGGUCUCUUGCUGCCCUGCUAGGUCUGUUUCUCCAGCUUUGCUGGACUGUCCCUCUUUGAUAGCUCCCUCCCCUGCUAGAUUUGGCACUUUCUGAAACAGACAAGUGCAGGUGGCAGCCUGCAGUUUGCUGACAUUCAGCCCACAAAAAGACCGGCCCACUUGGGAAACCCUGGCUGGGCACACGUCCCAUGGCUGGCUGGGGACAGCGGUCAGCCAGAAAGCACUGACGGGAACCCACAUGAGUUCAGGUCAUCAAAAAAAGAACACACACUGACAAGAGAGACCUCCCUUACAGCGGUAUCCUAAAGACCACUAGAAGCUGCUUAUGCACUACCACCGUAAAUAUCCAGCAAUGAACGUUUAUAGGACUACAAGCCCGGAGAUAAACAACACCCUAAGUAAGGCCUGAUGGCUUUCCUCUCCCACAUGCUGAGGGGUGCGUGGAGCUUUGUCCUUUGACUGCAAGUGCCUUAGAGCCAAGACCAGCCACAGGUGAAGUGUGAAGCCUUCCUCCAUGCAGCAGCAACAACAGUGAUGGUUACCCUCAUAGGGAGGGGACAAAAGCAUUCUCAUUCUCCCUAGCAUCAUUUCUUGACAGCAUUCCCAUUCACUUAACAAACCUGUGUGGCUUUUGUGUUUUGCAGCUUCAGAGUGCUGCUGCAUUUUAAUAAAAACUCAGCUUAUGCAACCACUCUGAUGAGACACUGAACUCUUAAGGAGGAGGGAAACCGAAUCAAUCAUUCAUAUCAUAUUUGUAUGUAUUAACAUUUAUUUUAUACAUAAUAUGGACUACUACUUUAAUUUAUUAUUCCAUUAACUUCACUGUUUGUUGUGGGAAGUUAGAGCCAGUAAUCAUUCCUUCUUGAUGUACUGAAUAAUAAGCAUACUAAAAAAAUAGAAGGUAUACUAUGCAAUGUAUCAGCUGCCUUUUAUCUGUGGAUAGAAAACUUCCAAAUAAAGAGAAAUAUGUUUUUAACU